UUAUUGCUCUAUAUCUUGUCUCUCUUCAGUGACACAAAACCAGAGAGUAUUGAGAAACAAGAUCGAGGAAGCUACUCAAUAAAGACGAUGAAGCUAUUACAUGUCAUGGCUGCCUUUGCAGCGAUGUUUCUUAUGGGAAUGUUUGUAUCAUCCGAUGGUCAGCUUCAAAUGAAUUUCUACGCCAAAAGCUGUCCAAAAGCAGAGAAAAUAAUUUCGGAUCAUAUUGAAAAACAUAUCCAUAAUGGUCCUUCUCUUGCAGCUCCUCUCAUCAGAAUGCACUUCCAUGAUUGCUUCGUCAGGGGAUGUGAUGGAUCAGUGUUGAUAAAUUCAACAUCUGGGAACGCAGAGAAAGAUGCACCACCAAAUCUAACACUUAGAGGAUUCGGUUUCGUGGAGAGAAUAAAGACUAUUCUCGAAGCAGAGUGUUCGAGGACUGUAUCCUGCGCUGAUAUCAUCGCUUUGACCGCUAGAGACGCAGUUGUUGCCACCGGAGGUCCUUGGUGGAGUGUUCCGACCGGAAGAAGAGACGGUAGGAUCUCAAAUUUGACUGAGGCUUCGAACAACAUUCCCCCGCCAACUAGUAACUUCACCACGUUACAACGACUUUUCGCUAACCAAGGCCUUAAUCUCAAAGACCUUGUCCUGCUCUCCGGGGCUCACACUAUUGGCGUCUCUCAUUGUUCUUCCAUGAAUACUCGCCUCUACAACUUCUCGACGACAGUCAAACAAGAUCCAGCUCUGGACAGCGAGUACGCAGCGAACCUAAAGGCCAACAAAUGUAAGAGCCUCAACGACAACACCACCAUUCUCGAGAUGGAUCCUGGUAGCCGUAAAAGCUUCGAUCUCAGUUACUACAGGCUUGUCUUGAAGAGGAGAGGUCUCUUUCAGUCUGAUUCUGCCUUGACGACAAACUCAGCUACGUUAAAGAUGAUCAACGACUUGGUCAAUGGUUCUGAAGAGAAGUUUUACAAGGCUUUCGCUAAGUCGAUGGAGAAGAUGGGGAGAGUUAAAGUGAAGACGGGCUCAGCCGGUGUGAUCAGGACAGUUUGUUCUGUUGCCGGAAGUUAGUUAGCCUGAUCAGAGUGUUGUUGUUGCUAUGUUCUGUUUUUCCUUUCUAAAUUGUUCAUUGUUGUUGUGUUUUGACUCUCGAGUGUAAAACUGUUGUUUAAUUUGAUUUUGGUGUUGUUUGAUUUGGGUUUAUAAACCCAAACAUUAUCUGUUUGUUGUUCAAUUAAAAUGAAAAUUUAUAAUAAUAUCUUCAAUAGUUGCAAUGGAAUCAUACAAUAACUAAAAGCUGAAUAUUCUCAAUGGAGAAGUCCUCCACGUCGGCAGAAAAAAUCGACCAAUCAGGAGAUCUUUUUUGACACGUCAUCUCGGCUGUAGUUUGUUGGGCUUCGAUUUUUUUUUUAAAGAUAGAAUGUUAAUGAUGUUGGUCCAGGAAGCUCAUGCGUUUGCUCUUGGCCUUCUUGGUUUCACCUUUCGAUCUGCUGAAAGUGGAGAGAUUCACAUUUCCCUUUCUUAUUUCUCCAAACCCCAAUUUGCUAGAUCCAUUCGUGAAACCCUUUGCUCUUCCUCUCUUCGUUUCCGUUUUACGAUCUGAUCCAGGAUCAAUCAAUACAUCCUCCACAAUUUAUUGAGAUGGCUCCAGGUCCAGAUCCGAACAGAGUUGGUGAUGGUGCGAAGCGGGAUGAAACUACGACCAAGGUUCCUUCUAAGGAUCCCAAGAAGAAGGAUGAUAAGAAAGAGGAAGAUCUGUCUGAAGAGGACUUGCAACUGAAGCAGAACCUGGAGCUCUAUGUUGAGAGGGUUCAAGACCCUAAUCCUGAACUGCAGAAGGCUUCUCUCGAAAGCAUGAGGCAGGAGAUCCGUGCCUCAACAAGCUCCAUGACGUCGGUUCCAAAACCCCUCAAGUUUCUCCGUCCUCACUAUGGAACUCUUAAGGAGUUUCAUAAAAAUUUGGUGGAGUCAAAGAAAUUGCUGGCUGAUAUACUAUGUCUGUCUUGGCACUGACCAUGUCUGCUGAGGGUCAAAGGGUAUGUGCUUUCGUGCUAUUAUAGUAGGAAUUGAUAAAAACUUAACUUUCUGUGUGCUUCAUCUUAUGAUAUACCUUAAAACAGUGUUGUGUUUUGUGGUUCUUUGCUAGAAUUUGAGGUAGUUUUUGGUGCUUGACUUUAUUAUGCAAUACUCUUUUUGAGGAAAGCUUAGGAUACAGGUUGACUGGAUCAGAGGGUGACAUCGGAUCUUGGGGUCACGAGUAUGUCAGGAAUUUGGCCGGUGAGAUUGUAGAAGAGUACAGUUCGUCAGGAUAGAAAACAGUUGUUCAUGAGUAGUUUAUGUUUGGCUUUUCUCUGCCGGUUCGUUAAUGAAUGUUAUAACAAUGAAUGUUAUUUAGAAUUACAUCUUUUUGAAAAAAUCAACCAGUGAAAGAAUAGUAUGCAAUCGUUCUUUGGAGCUAAACAUCGUUCCUUUGAUGAAUUGCCGAGAAUGUCACUGACCUACUUAGACAUCACAGAUUGCUACAUGUUAGACCAGAUGCCAAAGAGGUUGUGCAGGGGAGCCUCAGUUGUACAAUGUUAAUAUUACUCUUAAAAUCUGGCUUGAUCUUACAGUUUCAAGUUUUUUUUUUUUUUUUGUGCAGGGGAGCCUCAGUCAGGACUCUGGGGCAAAAUAUUGGAGCCAAAGAUACGGCCUCAAGGAGACUUCUAGAAAAUUUUAGUAAAUAGUUAAUCUAGAUCUAGAUGAAGCUACGUUGAAAGUUACCUCAAGAUGUGGAAGUAAUUCUAGAUCUAGAUGAAGCUACGGUGAAAGAGAUGAGAAAGCAAGAGGAGAUUGCUAAAGCCAAGCUAGCCAUGGAAAGGAAAAAGAAGCUGGCAGAGAAAGCCGCUGCUAAAGCUGCCAUAAGAGCU